AUGAGCUCUUCUGAAAACAAUCCCGCAACUUCCUCAUCUCGAGAAGACGACACUAAACACAGCGAAAAUGAACAAUUGAGAAGAGGUCACCCACAGGUCACUAAAUAUGGCCUCAUUGACAAUGAAGAUCCAGAUCCGCAAACGGCGCGAAACAUCAAUCUUGGUCUGGCAGACAAUGAGGUGCUCACGACGGGUCAAUCACUUGAGCCUUAUCUGCAGUCAUAUGUUACCAUUCCGCCAACAAGUGAUCACUCGUUCAGUUGGCACCGAUUAUGGGCAUUCACUGGCCCUGGGUUUCUCAUGUCAAUCGCAUACCUUGAUCCCGGCAACAUUGAGUCUGAUCUGCAAGCAGGCGCCCAGACCGAGUAUAAGCUGCUCUGGGUAUUGAUGUGGGCAACUAUCCUCGGUUUGUUGAUGCAAAGGUUAGCCGCAAGACUUGGCGUAGUCACUGGACUUCACUUGGCCGAACUGUGCUAUCGUCGUUACCCACCCGUUUGUCGCAUUCUUCUUUGGAUCAUGGUGGAAAUCGCCAUCAUCGGCUCCGAUAUGCAAGAGGUGAUUGGCACUGCGAUCUCCAUUUACCUCCUUUCAAAUGGAAGAAUCCCAAUUUAUGUUGGAGUUCUAAUCACCAUAAUCGACACGUUUACAUUCUUGUUUUUGGACAAGUACGGCUUGAGGAAAUUGGAAGCAUUCUUUGGAUUUUUAAUAUCUUUAAUGGCAGCUACCUUUGGCUAUCAGUAUUAUAUAAUGAAGCCAAAUGAGAUGCAAGUGAUUGAAGGCCUGAUUAUUCCGACUUGUACAAACUGCAACCUUGAUCAGUGGUUUAAAUCCAUUAGUAUUAUCGGAAGUGUGAUAAUGCCGCAUAAUGUUUUCCUUCAUUCUGCCCUGGUCAAGUCCCGGCGUAUUGAUCGCGAUAAAAAAGAAGAGGUAAAAGACGCCAAUCGCUACGUUUUCAUUGAAUCGGCCAUAGCACUAGGCGCCUCGCUGCUAAUUAACAUUGCUGUCACUGCUGUGUUUGCUCAAGGACUCUUUCAGAAGAGUAAUCAUGACAUUUAUCAACUCUGCAAAAACAACACAUUUGCGGAAAAUGUAUUUCCUGACAAAAACACACCUGUUGAUAUCAAUUUGCAUAAAGCUGGCAUCUAUCUUG